CGCUGCAAUUGGCUUUUGAGUGGGGACAUUGCAAUCGGCCUUGCCCUUUAUGUUCUUUACUUUUUCAUGGGUUCUGCUUAAAGUCCAGUUCUGGCACUGAUAACAUAAUGUUGGUAUGAAUAUUGAGGUGAUAAGCUGUCACUUUGUGUCCAUGGAGAUCUUUGGAUGAGAUAGGAGGCACUAACCGCGGGAAUUGGUUCCGGAAUCGAUUAUUCGCCCAGCAGUGAGGUGCCCGCACAGUUUUGUAAAUGAGGCGUUUAUAAAGCUGAGCCUGUGGCCUGCUCUCUCAGUUACUUCCCUUGAAGGCCGAGUGACCUUCAACUGGACUUGCCAUCAGUGGGAGAAACUUGCUGGAUCAGACAUCCACGAUGACUUCCCUCCUCCUCCUCGCCGCCAUGUUCUCGGCGCUGUUCAUUGGUCAAAGUCUGGCGGUGACGUCAUGCAUCAUUCCACCAAUCAGAAGCUCAGGACCAGAGGCAGCGGUUAUCUUUGUCCCGGGUGCCAGCAUUGACGGCAAGGCUUAUGAGGAGACUGGCCGAGCCAUCCAGGCAGCCACAAACAUCCGGCUGUGGGUGGCCUUGACCGGAAACUACACCCUCAACACGCCCAACCCGCUGCAACUUCCGGCCGCCAUGAGGGGGGCCUUCGACAAGCUGCAGAAGGCGGGGAUGAAGGGAGAGAACUAUGUGGGCGUGGCUCACAGCCUGGGAGGUGUGUUCCUCCCCUCCUACGCCAAAGACUCCCCCCUCAAGGCCGUGGUCCUCCUAGGCUCCUACCUCACCAGCGGCAACUCGCUCAGCGGGUACCCAAAACCGAUUCUCACCCUAUCCGGAGAACUGGACGGGCAGACCCGCAUUACCCGGAUUGCUCUGACUUACAAAGAACUCGUGAACGACAUCUCCAAGACCCCCAGCGCCCUCUACCGGACGCCCGUUCUCAACAUCAAGGGAUCCAACCACGCCCAGUUCGCCUCCGGACCGAUGCCCGGCAUAGUGGCCAGGUAUGACCUCAAGCCGGAGAUCUCGGACGCCGAGGCCCACCAGGAGAUCGGCGAGCACGUCAGUAACUUCAUCAGCGUCACCUUCAACCUGUGUAAGGUGGACCAGGCCAAGGCCGCCAUCAGCGGCGCCUUCACGGACGCCGGGACCAGGUUCCAGCCCCUUCUGUCGGUGAAGGCUAUGGACAAGACCGGCGACAGCUCACCCUGGUCAGUGCGGGCACAGAAAGAGGUGGCCGCGGACCUCCAGGAACAGCUGACGGUGAAGAACAAAGUGGCCAGUAACCCGGCGUUCACCAUCAACAAGCCCGAGUUUUCCCGCUCCGGAGACAAGGUGUCCGUGAAGACGUACACUCUCAUCGACUACGCGCGGAACCCCAUCGACGUGAGCACUAUCCCGGAGAGCCCCACGGAGCUGAGCGUCAAGCUCAAGUCUUACGACGCCAUCCAUCUCUUCCUCACCGGCGACCGCAGCACGGGCCAGGACGACUCCACGUGCAAGCAGCUCAACGAGCUUGCCGUGAGUAUAGCCUUCGAUGCGUCGACUCCGGACGCCAAACGGCGCUACCAGGCGUCCAACCGUCCCAUCAUUCUGGCAGACGACAUCUGUACCGACAACGGCUUCUCGUGGUCCACACAGCCGCUCAAGCUGGUGGAGAAGGACGACGGGCUGCACGUGCAGUCGGUGGCCAUGAAGGUGAGCACGAGGAGCAUCCUGUUCCCCGGAGUGUUUUACUGCAAGCUGCUGUCUCCCUACAGAGCCAUGGAGUGGAUGAACGUGGACUCUCUCAGGGAGGAGGCGCCGAGGGGGUUGUUCGGGAAGUGA